UCUAAUUCUAAAAAGCAUCUAAAUAUAUAUAUUAAAAACCUUAUUGAUUUAACAAAAAAAAAAUUAAUAUUUUCUAAAAUUCUCAAACAAAUGGACUUUAAUUAGAUGAGUAACAUGAAUAGUUCUUAGCAACUAAAUGAUAGGUAGAGGACAGCUCAAUUUGGGUUACAGGAUUUGUUAUAAGAAGAAUAAUAUUAAUAAUCUCCUGUCACCCAUACAAAAUCUUUAGCAGACGAUUAUUUGACCAGGCCUAGAAGCUAGAAUUAAAAUUAAAUAAAUGCUAAUAAUAGCAAUAAUUUAAUUGCUAGCUCAAAAAAUAGCAAUUAAAAUACUAAUUAGAGUAUCAACGACAGCGCCAGCUAAAGUAGUGGAUCUAAUAACAUAGUAUCAGCUUUAAUUCCAAAUAUAGUUUAUGAUAUCAUACAUCAUUAUUGGUAAAAAGAACCUAUAUAAUAGAAUGAAUAAUAAUAGAAGUAGGUAAUUAAAAAAAUCUAGAAGGAUGAAGCUCCUAAGUUUAAGCCAUCACACUAAAAUGAUUAUAGAUAAUAGCUUAUCGAUCUUGGUGUAAAAGAUAAAUAUAUUCUAAAUGGAGAAUAGUACAUUAAAGAUAUCCAAGCCGGAUUAAAAUCAGCUACUUUUAGGCUAGAAGGAAAAUUAAUUUUAACUAAUUUCAAACUAAUUUAUGUAGUAACAAAUGGUAAAUAUGAGAGUCUUGGUAGUCCAGAUUUUUACUAAAUCUAGUUGAUGAUGAUUUAGAGCUGUGAGAGAACAGUAGAGAAAAAAGGGAAUCAAUUUUCUUACAUUGAUAUCGAAUGUAAAGAUGUAAGGAAAUAUUAAUUUAGAUUUAAUUUCGAUUAGAAUGAGGAGUCACAGGAAUUUAUGGGUUUGCUAAUCGACAAUGCCUUUAAUAAAGAGAUAUAUAAAUAUCCUGCUUUUGUUUACAAGAAAUACAACGAUGAGGAGCAAUAAUUUAAUGGUUGGAAUAUUUAUAAUAUAAAAAAAGAGUUCGAAAGAAUGAGAAUCAACAUUUACGAUCCAACUUAACAAAAUUCUAACUCAAAUUAAGAGCAAUUUUACUACAAAUAUCUCAACAAUGAACUUAAGGAUAUAUGUGACACAUAUCCUCCUUACCUAGUAGUCCCAUAUUUUAUGUAGGAAGAAACGAUUAAAAAGUGCUCGAAAUUCAGAUCAAGAGAGCGUCUUCCAGUUUUAACAUUUGGAUUCAAAAGCUCAAAUGAAUAAAAAUUACCAGUCACUCUUUGGAGGUGCUCACAAUGUAGAACUGGAUUUAGCAGCCGUUCUACAGAAGAUGAAUAGAUGCUAAGAUUGAUAGGAGACCCUACUAAUAAAGAUAAUAGGAGUUCAAACAAUGUGAAUGUCCAUAUUUAUGAUGCCAGACCUUUUAUGAAUGCAGUAGGUAAUAAAUUAGCUGGAAAAGGGUAUGAGAGUAAUAGCUGUUACAAAAAUUGUGAUAUUUAGUUUUUAGAUAUACACAAUAUUCAUAAAGUUAGAGAUUCAUAUAACAAGUUAGUUUCUGUAUGUCUUUCUUCAGAUUAGCAGAUAAAGUGGUUUAAAGAAGUUGAUUCUAGCUAAUGGCUAGAACAUAUUUCUUCAAUAAUUUAGGGAGCUGUAAGAAUCUGCUAAUCUAUGCUGGCAAAUAAUCAUGUUGUUGUCCAUUGUUCUGAUGGAUGGGAUAGAACUUCUUAACUGUGUUCCUUGGCUCAAAUAUUCUUAGAUCCUUAUUAUAGAACAAUUGAAGGAUUCUGCUCUCUAAUAUAGAAGGAUUGGGUUUAUUUUGGUCAUUAAUUUAAUUUAAGGUAAGGGCACGGGUAAAGAAAUCAAAGUGAGGAAACUUCACCUAUAUUUUUAUAAUUUUUAGACUGUGUACACUAAGUUUAGAAUUACUAUCCCCUUUCAUUUGAAUUUAAUGAAUAAUUUUUAGUUGAUUUAGCUUUUAGCUCCUAUAACUGCUAAUAUGGUACUUUCCUUGCUAACUCAUAUUAAGAACUUGUUAAAUAAGACAUAAUAAAAUAAACUAUUUCUGUUUGGAGCUUUCUUCUUUCAAAAAGGCACAUUUAUGAAAAUCCCUUCUAUAAAAAAGAUGAUUAAAUUCAAACUUUAAAGCCAGAUUUCUAACAGAGAUCUCUCAAAAUAUGGAAUAGAUAUUUCUUUUUUUAUCAAUUUUAAAGACUAGAUGAAUACAAGAUAGAACAGUAAAAAUGCAGAUUUAAUGAGGAUAACAUUUAAAACUAACAUAAAAAAUCUUAAGAAGCACUAUAAUUUUAUGAAUCCCUUUUAAAAGAAUUAAAAAUAUAAAUACCAAAGUAAAGAGUAACACCAAAAGAUCUAGCAAACUUAGUUAAACAAUCCAUAAUUAAAGAUUACGAAGCUUAGUAAGUUUUUAAAUAAGACUCUGAGUAUAAUGAAGAAGAUUAUGAUAUAAUACUAAAGCAGUCAUCACAUAUAGUAAAUUAAAACAGCAGAUAGAUGAACUGA